AUGGCAUUCAGGAAGAAGCAGCCAAGAGGCCUUUGGUCCAAUGGCAUCAAGAAGAAGCACUUAAGUGCUAGGGGGAAGGAGGUCACAAAUUCAACUCCUCCUCCGAGGUUACCACUUGACGAAACUGCCCCUGUGGGGACGUUACUCCUUCGUAUGUCCCCGGUAUUCCGGAAAAUCAGAGGGGUAUUUGAGUCAGUUGAGGAUUCAGUAAAUCAAAGAAAUCCAAAAGGUGAAUCACCAAAACAGGGGAGUUUUCGAGGUGUAAGGAAGGUGAUUGCCCGAGCAGAAGGGCAACUUGAUCAAGCCCGCCUGAAGUUGUUUCCAUUCACUCUUAAAGACAAGGCAAAACAGUGGUUCAAUUCUUUGAAGCCUCAAUCUUUGCGCAACUGGGGAGAAGUUCAGGAUGUUUUCACCACUAAGUUCUUUCCAGCCAGCCGGACUAAAUUACUUAUCGAUCAGAUUCAAUUGUGCCCCAAUAUUCCUGCUCUUAAGAAUGUGAUUAAUGGGAUUGCUCCAGAGGAAGUACAAGUCGUGCAAUGCUUUGACCCUUAUUCUCAAUCUUAUAAUCCGGGGACAAGGCAACAUCCAGCUUUCCGUUGGAGUCAACUUGUUGAAGGGAAUUCUUCUCAAGCUCCACCGCAAGCUCCUCAAUUACAUUGGAAGCAACCACAGAAUGCUUUCCGAUUCCCUCAAGCUCAAGAACUUGGUUUAGGAGAGAUGAAGCCUACUCGUGUCACUCUACAGUUGGCCGAUCGAAGCGUUCGUACACCGAGGGGAGUAGUGGAAGAUGUUCUAGUACAAGUUGACCAAUUUGUUUAUUCGGUGGAUUUUGUGAUUCUCGAUACAAAUCCGACCGACUCUUCUACUGCUUCUACUCCAGUUAUUCUUGGGAGACCUUUUCUAGCCACGGCGGAUGCAGUUAUCAACUGUCGAAAUGGACUUCUCAAUAUGACCUUCGAAGAACACGUGGCUGAGUUACUGUACAGUGAUCCUUUGGAAGUUGCUCUUACAGCUGAGGAGCUCGAAUUUCUUGAAUCUUCUGAAGUGAGUUAUUUGAGUUCAUUGCUUGGUAAGGAAGAUGAAGCUUGUGCUAUAAAUUCUUGGACUCUAAAAUUUGAAGAGUUUGAGGAGCUACCACCAAUUGAGAAAAAGGUUCUCCCAUCUAGUGUUGAGCCACCGAAAUUGGAAUUGAAGCCCCUACCUGAUACUUUGAAGUAUGUUUUUCUUGGAGACAACGAGACUUAUCCUGUGGUUAUUUCCUCUUCUCUUGGGAAUCUCCAAAAGAUGAAGUUGAUCAAUUCACUAAGGAGGCACAUGAACGCUAUAGGAUGGACAAUUGCUGAUAUCAAAGGGAUCGAUGCUACUCUUUGCUCUCACCAUAUUGCUUUGGAGGAUAAUGUCAAGCCGUCUCGCCAACCUCAACAUCGUUUGAACCCGAUUAUGAAGGAUGUAGUUCGUGCUGAAGUUUUGCAGCUUUUAGAUGUGGGAAUCAUCUAUCCUAUCGCCGAUAAUAACUGGGUGAGCCCAAUUCAAGUUGUACCAAAGAAAUCCGGAGUUACAGUUAUAAGAAAUGAGGAGAAUGAGCUCGUGCCUACUCGUGUUCAAACUGGAUGGAGAGUUUGUAUUGAUUAUCAUAAGGCCAAGAUCGAUCUUAUUUCCAAUCUCCCGACUCCAAAAUGCGUGAAGGAUAUUCGUUCAUUUCUCGAGCAUGUCGGAUUCUGUCGUCGGUUCAUCAAAGAUUUUAGUGCCAUCUCUCGACCCCUGUGCCAUCUUCUUGUCAAAGACGCUCCGUUUGAAUGGACCUCCGCGUGUGAGCAAGCUUUUGUUAAGUUGAAGGCUAGUCUCACUUCUCCUCCUAUUGUGCAACCACCGGAUUGGAGCCUCCCGUUCGAGCUUAUGUGUGAUGCAAGUGACUAUGCUGUAGGUGUUGUUUUGGGGCAAAGGAAGGACAAGCAUCCGUAUGUUAUCCAUUAUGCAAGCAAGACUUUGAAUGAUGCUCAAGUGAAUUACACUACCACGGAGAAAGAGUUGCUUGCGAUCGUGUUUGCUCUUGACAAAUUCCGGUCUUAUCUCAUUGGUGGCACCCCUAUUGUUGUGUAUACGGAUCAUUCCGCUCUCAAGUACCUACUUACCAAGCAAGAUGCCAAAGCUCGUUUGAUACGAUGGAUUCUACUUCUCCAAGAGUUCAAUUUGACUAUCAAGGACAAAAAGGGUGUCGAGAAUGUGGUAGCCGAUCAUUUAUCAAGGUUACAGUUUGAGGAUCCUACUCCAAGUUUACCUAUUCUAGACACGUUUCACGAUGGACAAUUGUUUGUUGUUUCGAGUGCCCCAUGGUUUGCGGAUAUAUAUUGUCAAGAUCAAAUAGUGCGCCAUUGUGUCCUAGAUUCAGAUCAACGAAGGAUUCUUGAGUUUUGUCACUCAGAAGCUUGUGGAGGCCACUUCUCUUCUAAGAAGACUUCUGCCAAGGUGCUACAAUGUGGAUUUUAUUGGCCAACCUUGCAUAGGGAUGCUCAUCACUUCUGUGUAGCUUGUGAAUGUUGUCAAAAGCUUGGGAGUGUGUCUCGGAGGGAUGAAAUGCCAUUGACUAACAUUAUGGUAGUUGAGAUCUUUGACUGCUGA